GGCCAAAUGAAUCCCAUGACUCAGCUGUACUACAAGAAGGCGACAUACUCGCCGUACCGCGAUCGCAUCCCGCUGCAGAUUGUCCGGGCGGAGGUGGAGCUGUCAGCUGAGGAGAGGGCCUACCUCACCGCUGUGGAGAAAGGUGACUAUGCAGGUGUCAAACAUGCUCUGCGGGAGGCGGAGGUCUACUACAACAUGGACGUGAACUGUUUGGAUCCGCUAGGCCGCAGCGCGCUCCUCAUUGCCAUUGAAAACGAGAACCUGGAGAUCAUGGAGCUCCUGCUUGACCACGGCAUCCACACAGGUGACGCACUGCUGUACGCCAUCAGGAAGGAGGUGGUGGGAGCCGUGGAGCUCCUGCUGUCACACAGACGGCCCAGCGGAGAAAAACAGGUUCCCUCCUUGAUGAUGGACAGUCAGUUUUCAGAGUUCACGCCAGACAUAACUCCCAUCAUGCUCGCUGCUCAUACCAACAACUAUGAGAUCAUUAAGCUGCUCGUCCAGCGGAAGGUCACCAUUCCCAGACCGCACCAGAUCCGAUGUGAUUGUGUUGAGUGUGUAUCCAGUUCAGAGGUUGACAGCCUUCGGCAUUCAAGGUCUCGGCUCAACAUCUACAAGGCUCUGGCCUCACCUUCUCUCAUCGCUCUGUCUAGUGAAGAUCCCAUCCUUACCGCCUUCAGACUGGGCUGGGAACUGAAAGAGCUCAGCAAAGUGGAGAAUGAGUUUCGUCAGGAAUACGAGGAAUUGUCACAGCAAUGCAAAAGGUUUGCCAAAGAUCUUCUGGACCAGGCCAGAAGUUCUAGAGAACUGGAGACCAUCCUGAACCACAGAGACAAUGACCAAAGUGAGGAAUUGGACCUGAGACAGUGCCACGACCUGGCCAAACUCAAACUAGCCAUCAAGUACCACCAAAAAGAGUUUGUGGCUCAGCCGAACUGCCAGCAGCUCCUGGCCACGCUGUGGUACGACGGCUUCCCAGGCUGGAGGAGGCGACACUGGGUGGUCAAACUGGUCACCUGCUUCAUUAUCGGACUGCUGUUUCCCGUCUUCUCCCUGAUCUACCUGUUGGCUCCGAAAAGCGCACUAGGACGCUUCAUCAAGAAGCCCUUCAUCAAGUUCAUCUGUCACACGGCGUCCUACCUGACCUUCCUCUUCCUGCUGCUGCUGGCCUCGCAGCACAUCGCCCGCACCAACCUGCACAUGCAGGGGCCGCCGCCCACCAUCGUGGAGUGGAUGAUUCUGCCGUGGGUGCUGGGCUUCAUCUGGGCUGAAAUUAAGGAAAUGUGGGACGGAGGUUUCACAGAGUACAUCCACGACUGGUGGAACCUGAUGGACUUUGCCAUGAACUCCCUCUACCUGGCAACAAUAUCGCUGAAGAUUGUGGCCUACGUUAAGUAUAACUCCUCUCGUCCCAGGGAGGAGUGGGAGAUGUGGCACCCCACCUUGAUAGCCGAGGCCCUGUUUGCCAUCGCCAACAUCUUCAGCUCCCUCAGACUCAUCUCCCUCUUCACCGCCAACUCGCACCUCGGCCCGCUGCAGAUCUCGCUGGGGAGGAUGCUGCUGGACAUUCUCAAGUUUCUCUUCAUCUACUGUCUGGUCCUCUUGGCGUUCGCAAAUGGUCUCAACCAGCUGUAUUUCUACUAUGAGACCAAAGCCUCAGAAGAACCCAACAACUGCAAAGGCAUCCGCUGUGAGAGGCAGAACAACGCAUUCUCUACGUUGUUCGAGACGCUUCAGUCUCUGUUCUGGUCGAUAUUUGGUCUGUUGAACCUGUACGUCACCAACGUGAAGGCCCGUCACGAGUUCACAGAGUUUGUUGGGGCAACCAUGUUUGGGACGUACAACAUCAUCUCGCUGGUGGUUCUGCUGAACAUGCUGAUCGCCAUGAUGAACAACUCCUACCAACUCAUCGCUGACCACGCUGACAUUGAGUGGAAGUUCGCCCGCACCAAGCUGUGGAUGAGCUAUUUUGAUGAAGGUGGGACGUUGCCGCCGCCAUUCAACAUCAUCCCCAGUCCCAAGUCUGUCUGGUACCUGCUCAUGUGGCUCCACAACAAGCUGUGCAGGAGAGGCGAGCCGCCCGGGGAGGACUCGCACAAGUGUGAAAACCUCAGAGAGUUCACGGAGCGUCACGCUGACAGCUUGAUCCAGAACCAGCACUACCAGGAGGUGAUCCGGAACCUGGUGAAGCGGUACGUGGCGGCGAUGAUCCGUAGUGCCAAGACGGACGAGGGACUGACGGAGGAGAACUUUAAGGAGUUGAAGCAGGACAUCUCCAGUUUCCGUUACGAGGUCCUGGAUCUCCUUGGCAACCGCCGUCCUCCCCGUAGAAACUACUCCUCAUCCAGUGAGACGAUGAGAGACGAUGGCGCCGGGGCCUCGGAGGAUGACAGUGAGUCAGGAGAGGGAGGAGGAGGUGGAAUUGGAAGCCAAAGGUCAAAGGCGGUAAACUUUAUCACCCCGCUGGAGGACGACGCCAGACCAUCACCAAAGCUCGGCGUCUCUGCCCUGGUGCGCUCUAUUUCUGGAAUGACUCGGGCAGAGGAGGGGGUGCUGGACGAGGGUGUGGUCUGGGGAGCAGAGUUUGAGGAAGAGGAGGGGAAACCAAAGAGCAACGGGCUGAAAACGACUGUCAUCCCUCUGUCCUCCACUGCUGUCCUCCCCUCGCCAUCUUCAUCUUUGUCCUCCUCAUUGUCCUCCUCCCUCGCUUGCACAAGGAGCCGCCUGCAGCAGCUCUCAGCGUCCCGGGCCAAGACGGACUCUUUCAAACGCCUCUCUUACCUGUUUUCCCGCUCCAAACGCAAAGCCCCGCCCACGCCUCUCGGCCCCACCCAGUUUCCGCCCUCCUACACGAUCUCAGAUGGCUUACUGCGUCCACUCGGGGGCCACACCCACUCGGAUUUUGGACUCAGACACAUGACCAGAAGCGAGACUCAUCUGAAUGAGAUGGGGUGCUCAGGCGACAUCAGUAACCCCACCCUUUCUCCACUGAGAACAAAUGGAAGGGACUCACUCCUGACACUGCCCCUCCCACCCCCGUGCCCUUGCCAAUCCCUACACUGUGCUUCCAACAUGUCAGAGUCCAGCUCGCGCCUCCUGGACUCCAGCGAGGAUGUAUUCCAGGGCGGAGGGGUGGUCGGAGCGGGAGAGGGCAGCGCAGAUGGAAGAGGGAGAAGAAGCGGCCCAAUGACAGUGGGUGGGUGGGUGGGGCCGUGCGAUAAUGUCAUAGAGGACAGCUGUGAGGUCAUAGAGGACUCUGUCACUACGCAGCUAUAG